AAUCUGCCACUAUACGAAACUGAUCUGCCAUUCCAUUCUGCAAAUUACCAUUUUCUCUAUUCUCAUUGCUGUUUGCUUAGGAUUAAAAAUGUAUUCCAGAUAUAGAAUUGAAUAAUAUGUGUUUAUUUAUUUUGUGAUUUAUGAUAUAAGUUAAAAUAAAACAUCAAUCAACAUGAGUGUUUUCAAGUCUGCAAUGGGGUACUUCAGCUCUGCAGGUGCCAACGGUGGCAGUGAUAAUGAUUUUGUUGGUCAAUUUGUAGAGAUAGGAAACAUGAAAUUAAGAGUGAAAAAAGUUAUCGCAGAAGGUGGAUUUGCAUUUGUAUUUGUUGCUCAAGAUGUAUCAUCAGGCACAGAAUAUGCCUUAAAAAGGCUAAUGGCUGCUGAUGAACAAGCCAAUAAGAAUAUUAUACAAGAAAUUAGCAUAUUAAAAAAACUGUCCGGACACCCUAAUAUAAUUAAAUAUAUAGCUGCUUCUUUUAUUGAUAAGUCGAAAACAACCCAUGGAAUGGGUGAAUAUUUGCUACUGACUGACCUUUGUAGCGGAGGAAGUUUGAUGGAGGCUUUACAGAAUAGAGGACAGGCAUUUCCACUUCCUACGAUACUGAGGGUAUUCUACCAAACUUGUAAGGCUGUGCAGCAUAUGCAUGCACAAGUGCCCCCUAUAGCCCAUCGUGAUCUCAAGUUAGAAAAUUUCUUAAUUUCUAAUGAAGGUACAAUUAAAUUAUGUGACUUUGGUUCUGCAACUACAGAUGUUUUCUCUCCAAAUCCAUCUUGGAGUGCAAAUCAAAGGAAUAUGUUAGAAGAAAAUUUGGCCCAAUUCACAACCCCAAUGUACCGGGCUCCCGAAAUGCUUGACACUUGGGAUAAUCGGAAAAUAGAUCACGCUGUUGAUAUAUGGGCCCUAGGAUGCAUUCUGUAUACAUUGUGCUAUAUGCAACAUCCUUUUGAAGAUUCGGCAAAGCUAGCCAUAUUAAAUGGAAACUAUAAUUUGAACCCCAAUGACCAACGAUACAAAUGCUUUCAUGAAAUUAUAAGUGGCUGCCUCACAGUGAAUCCCGAACAACGUUUGCCAAUAAGCAGUGUGCUGGAGCGGCUGGCAGCCAUAGCUGAGUCCAACAACGUCAAUCUCAAGCAACCACUCAAAUUUGAGCGUAAAAAAGUUGAACAAUCUGUGGCCACUAGCUCGCCAGCAUGUAAAGAGCCAAUGCCAAACAGCCAAGAGCCAGUGAAUCCUAGACCACCGGAGCCCAGUCGGCCACCACCCCCCAGCCGUCCUCCAGCAGCGCCGCACUACCACGCACCCCUGCCACAAGCACCGCCCACUUCCGGUGGCCUUUUUUCAUCUAUCAAGGAUGGCGCUGGCUCCUUUUUAAAAAAUUUAAAAGAUACGUCGUCCAAGGUUAUGCAGACUGUCCAACAGUCGAUAGCACGUGCAGAUUUGGACAUAAGUUAUAUAACGAGCCGCGUAAUAGUAAUGUCGUAUCCGUCAGAGCUAUUGGAGAGCGCUUAUAAGACGAAUCAUAUCGAAGAUGUUCGGAUGUACCUGGAGAGCCGCUACCCGGGCGGGCGCUACUGCGUGUACACGACGCACGAGGCGCGCGCGCGCUUCCCGCGGCGCCAGCUGGUGUGCGACGGCGCGCUGUGGCCGCGCGACGAGCUGAGCGCGCCGCUGCUCGCGCCCACCUACGCGCUGCUGCAGCACAUGUACCAGUACCUGGGCCGUGACGACAAGUCCGCGCUCGUCAUCGCCUGCCAGGACGGCAAGUCGCGGUCGUGCAUGCUGCUGUGCGGGCUGCUGCUGUACGCGCGGCUGGUGUCGGUGCCGGAGGACGCGCUGCAGAUAUUCGCCGUCAAGCGCACGCCCAUCUGCCUGCCGCCCAGCCAGCUGCGCUACCUCUACUACCUGAGCAAUAUUAUUAGAGCUGAACCGAUUCUCCCACAUUUUAGGCCAGUGUCGCUAGUGUCUCUAACGAUACAACCGGUACCGCUAUUCACUAAAGCAAGGGACGGUUGUCGACCAUUCUUAGAAGUAUACAAUGAAGAUCGACUGAUCUCACCUCCGUUAAGAAAUUAUGAAAGUAUGCACCUAUUUAUGAUGACUGAAGGCAAGGUGACGCUGCCGCUGGACGCCACGGCGGCGGGCGACGUGACGGUGGUGGUGACGCACGCGCGCCAGCAGCUCGGCCGCCUGCAGCGCGUGCCCAUGCUGUCCGUCGCCUUCCACACCGGCUUCCUCGACUACGACCAGCACGUCAUCAAGUUUACCAGAUCAGAAAUCGACGGCAUAGACGAAUCGAGCCCGGUGAACGAGCACUUCUCGUCGAACGUGUCGGUGGUGAUCAGCCUGGUGGUGCAGAACGGCGAGCGCCGCAAGCCGCGCUGCGACGUGUGGGAGGACGACCCGUCCUUCGCCGUGCGCACGCCCGACCUGCUGUUCUCCUCCGCGCUGGAGCGGGACGAGACUAUAGACAACUUCGCAAAUCUCCGACGAGACCCCCGUUCGUUUGAUAUAUCAGUGACGACCGAACAUCCCCCGGAGCCGAAGCGCCCCCCGCGGCCGCACCGCCCCCCGCCGCCGUCCCCUUCACCUGCAGAUCAGGCCACGCCCCCAGCUCCCGUUCCGCCCACACAGACAGCUGACUUCCUGAACAUCACCAGCAAACCCGCGACAGAAGAACCUAAAUCUGAAGGGCCAAGUGAGAAGUUGAAAAGCGAAGACUCAUUUGACUUCUUCGGUAUGAUGGAGAAACCAGCGGAUGAAUCGUUCGGCGACUUCUUGAGUAGUAAAGUGGCCGAUAACCCACAGCCGUUCUCAUCGGAUUCUAUUUUUGGGGAUCUUCAUGCACCACCAAUCACAACAGCCGCUAAUGUCAAUGUAGCCUCGGCCGAAAACUUUGAUCCUUUCGGCCUGAACGAUCCUCUGCCGAAACAGGAGCCGCUUCUCACUCCGCUAUCGGCUAAAGAUGACGCGCGUCAACAAGCUGCCACCGAACAAGCCCAGACAAAACGAGAUCCGUUUGCGGACCUCGGCAUUCUGGGAACGGGGUUACCGGGAGCCCCGCCCGCAGCCACACCCAUGACCACGCCUUUCGUGACGCCGAUGGUCACGCCCAUCGUAACACCACGCGCAUCUCCCGCGCACACCCCCGCCCACCAGCCGAACACACCCGCACGCUCGCCUGCGCACCAACCUGAUUAUAGUCGUACUCAUUUCGAGCCAUCAAAGCCGGCAGCGGAGGAGAAAACUAAGAAAAGCACUGAUGUAUUCGGCGAUUUACUGGGCAGUCAAGGAUAUGACUUCGCUAAGCGCGAAACUGGACCCAAAACCAUGAACGCUAUGCGGAAAGAAGAAAUGGUUAAGGAAAUGGAUCCCGACAAAUUAAAAAUACACGAUUGGACGGAGGGCAAGAAGGCGAACAUCCGCGCGCUGCUGUGCUCGCUGCACGGCGUGGUGUGGGCGGACUGCCGCUGGGCGCGCGUCGACAUGGCGCAGCUCGUGUCGCCCGCCGACGUCAAGCGCCACUACCGCAAGGCCUGCCUCGCCGUGCACCCCGACAAGCAAAUGGGUACACCGAAUGAGAACUUAGCAAAAAUGAUAUUUAUGGAGCUGAACAACGCGUGGAGCGAUUUUGAAAACGACGCCAAGCAGCAGAACUUAUUCCAGUCUUAAUGUUAGCGUGACCUCGACGAUACCGACCCUUAGCGCUAGUGAUAAUUACAGAUAGGUCCAAAUGCUUUAACCGCUUCGUAUUUUACUUUUAUCAUCGGAAUAUAAAAAUUUACAUAGCGAAAUACAUUGAUGCGUAAAAUUUACAUAGCGAAAUACAUUGAUGCGUAAAAUUUACAUAGCGAAAUACAUUGAUCGUAUAUAAUAAAAUGGUAAAACGCGGUAAACAGUGUCUAAAUAUAAGCAUGCUGAAUUAGCUUUGUUACCCUUGAACUAGAAAAAUGUUAACCUUGUUUAUUUGUAGGUGAUUUUCACAUUCAUCUGAAAUUAUUGCAAUGAAUAUUAAUUAUCAAAUCAUUUAUAUCUAAAUGUUCAGUAUUGAAUACACGUCGAUAUAUUUCUAUUUAAACUCAUCAUCUGAAUGGAAAAUGAAAGUUUAUCUUAAGUGCCAUAAGAUGAUGUCGAAUUUGAAAUUGUACGAAACUAAUCGCAGAAAUUUUCUGAUUAAUGUAAAUUAAUAAUUAAAAUAUAAAAAAAUGUAAUUCAUUAAUAAAUCAUAAAUGUUAAUGUGUUUGGAUAUUUCUUGUUGUUCGAGUGUUUAACCACGUUUUGCUAAUAACCAUUAAACAUAUUAGCUAAAUUGUCUCGAUAUUGUGUUUAAACCAAUUUUAUUAUUCUAUUAUUAGUAAACAAGUAAACUAAGAGCAGUUUAUUAUUUCAAUUAAAUAUGUAAAAAUGAUUCUAAUGAAAAAUAAGACUCGUAUAUUAAAAGUAUUGUAUAUUAUCAAAUUAAAUGUUCUAACAAUAACGUUAAGAAUGGGAUAAGUGGUGCACAUAAUCUGUAGAUGUAAUUAUGUAGCAAAUGGGUGCAUGUUUAUUUCUUUUAAUCUUUGAUACAAGUCAAAUUAUUUUAUAUUCAGCUGCAUUAUCAGUUACUGCUAAAUAUAUUUUUCCACCAAAUUUUUCAGUAUAUUUGAUUGAUAAAAACUGAAGAGUAAAUGUUUACGCCUUCAUUACCUUAAUAAAUUGGCAGUUGAUGUUAAUGAAUUUAUUUAAAAACAUUUUUUUCCGUUCAUCACAUCAACAAAUUAAAAGCUUUAACAGAUAAUAAUUAAUUAGUGAAAUAUAGUUUAUCAGUCUUCUAGUAUUUUUUUCUUUGUUGAAUGUUAAAUGAAUGCGACAACCCAAUCGAAGAUUAUCAAUUAUUUUAAUUGACUUUGUAUAUAAAUUCAUAUAUCCCUUCAUUUAAAACAAUAUUUACUUAUUGAUUUGUUUACAGACAAAGUCUGAGAUAGUACUUAUCUAGUUACGAAAUUAUAUUUGUAUUACGCUUUAAUAUUUUUAUAUUUAAUUAAGUUUUUAGAAGACAUUAGUGUUUAUUAAGAGAGCAAAUAGAUGUGAGUAUUACAGAUUCUCAUUUUUCAUAAAACAUUUUAAAUAGUGGGGUAUUUUUUAUUAAGAUGCAUUUGUACAUUCCUAACAUUGUGGGUUCUUAUUUGCUAAUUCUUAAUAAAUAUUAAAUUAAUAUUCCGAA